AUGGCUAACGGAGACAAGAAGCCCAUCAAGCCCGGCCCCAGUGGGACAAGGAACAACGGUUUUAUCACUGAGCGCGAGGUUGACGGCGAGCGUCGUUCGAUCCGCAUUUACCACGACGGUCGAGUAUCGCAGCGCGAGGGCCCCGCUGGUCCUAUUCGAACACUGACCAACAGCACUGGAGCUGCCUCCAAGGCCGAGGCUGUUCCCAAAGCUACGACUGUUCCCAGGUUCGAGGAUCUUAAAUGUGAUGCUGAAACUGCUGCUGAGAUCGUUCAGUACUGCGGUGAACUUGAAGAGAUCCUAGCACAGCUUCCCGCAGAGUACCAUGAGAAAGAUACUAACACUAUUUCGAAACAGUGGAAACGAAUGGGUGGAAAGGACCACACAGGAGAGUCUGAUAUUCAUGAUUAG